AUGGUAAAAGUAGCCAUUUUCCCAAGAAGAAAAGAGGCAGAACCAGAAGCGCCACCAGCUGGAGAUACAGAGGAUCCUCAAGGAAACUCAAAAGCAUCAGGCAUUGGUGGAGCUCAAGGUCAUCUAUUAUUUCCUCCCAAUUAUAAGAACUGCUUUGAGUUCGUGAAGCUUGUAUCCAAAGCAAUGCUAGUUAUCCUCGGAUUAGGAUCGAAAAGGAUAAAGAAGACACGAGAGAAGAAAGAGAAACACAUAUGGUCUGUUCAGAUUAUGAAUGAACUUCUAGUCCUAGAUGCCUCAUUCGACUAUGAAGACGAUGGAACACAACCCUCGCCGGGAUCAAUACCUGAAUUCUCAUCAAUUGAUUUGGAGUUACUUGCAAAGGCUCCUACACCAGAUCAUCCGGGUUCAGUACCUCCAAUUUCCAGUUUUUCAUCAGACCCUAACCAUAAUAAGGACAAGGAAAACGAGAAGGGAAAAUCAAAGGUUGAAGAAGGGAUGAUAUCAAAGGAGGAACCACCAGCAAAGAAUGAUCUUUCUGAAAAAGUGCAGAAUUUCUUAAAAAAAUUCCCAGUGGCAAUCCUAGCCACAAACACGGAUGAAAAAGUGUUAUUGUCAGUGGAUAACAGGAAGCAGGAUAUCCAUACAGGGAUGACGUCAAAGAAGGAAACUCCUAUAUUAAUCGCAGCUAAGAAUGGAAUCACUGAAAUGGUGCAGAAAAUCCUAGAAAAAUACCCAGUGGCAAUCCAAGACAUGAACACGGACAGAAAGAAUAUAGUGCUGUUAGCUGUGGAGAACAGGCAACCCCACGUGUAUCAGCUCUUACUCAAAAUAAGCACCAUGAAAGAGAGCGUCUUCCGUAAAGUUGACAAUAAAGGGAAUAGUGCACUGCACCUCGCUGCAACACUAGGAGAUCAUAAGCCCUGGCUUAUUCCAGGGGCCGCUUUACAAAUGCAAUGGGAACUCAAGUGGUAUGAGUUUGUUAAAGACUCUAUGCCAUUCCACUUCUUUGUUCGUUACAACAAGGACAACAAGACUCCAAAAGAUAUCUUCACCGAAACGCAUAGCGAUCUCGUCAAAGCUGGGGGCGAAUGGCUAAUGAACACCUCAGAGUCAUGCUCCGUCGUGGCUGCACUCAUUGCCACGGUUGCUUUUGCAACAUCAGCCACCGUACCAGGAGGCGUCAAGCCUGAUAGCGGAAUACCAACCCUCGAAAACCAGCCGGCAUUCAACGUGUUUGCCAUCUCAUCACUCGUUGCCCUCUGCUUCUCGGUCAAUGCAGUGAUCAUGUUCUUGUCAAUACUAACGUCAAGGUACCAAGAGAAAGAUUUUGGUGAAGAUUUGCCCAGAAAGCUCCUGAUUGGCUUAACUUCGUUGUUCGUUUCCAUAGCUUCGAUGCUCAUAUCUUUCUGUGCGGGCCAUUUUUUUGUUCUCAAAGAUAAGUUGAAAUUUGCUGCACUCCCCGUCUAUGCAGUGACAUGUUUGCCCGUUACUUUCUUCGCUGUUGCGCAAUUUCCACUGUAUUUUGAUCUUGCGUGGGCUACCUUUAAGAAGGUGCCACAGCGUAGCUACAAAUCGAUUCCUCAUUAGACAUUAUUAGUCUUUUCCUCUUUGCCCUGGUCCUUUCUUUAAUGUAUCCUUUGUUUCUUUCAUUUUAAUCCCUUAUUUACGGAUCAUUAUAUAUGUUUGAAUUUAGUAUC